CGUAAACUCCUUUGCCCAACAGCAUCGCGAGACCGCCCCCGAUCAACUUCACAUAUCGAGUCCGCUAUGCCCGCAAUGCGGUCGCAAUGCGGGGCCCUCUGAUAAAACAUCGGGGGCCAUGGCUUUGUCAAACAUCUCAGAGCGAAUCACUUGGCGUUUUUGGACCCCGCGCUCAUCACCGAGCUGAUUUCUCGUAAGUUCGACUGAUUCAGGCACGGCCAUUGGUAGCAAACAUCAAGUUGCAGGGAAUGAAUCACACGCAGCGAUUCGGCGCAACCCAUCCCUUCACUCCUUUUGCCUUUGUCCAUGAGGGCAUUUGUUUGCUAGUCAUUAUGUGAAUAUAAGAGAGCCUUUUCCCAUGUUGUUUACCCUCGUUUCGAUCUUCGGAGUAUCAUCAAUCAAUUCUCGCUCCUGCUUCAAUAACCAAGUCAAAUAAAGCUCAAAUCAAAGCCAAGACCGACGAACGUCUUUUCAACACAGCAACCUCGCGACAGGAAAUUUCGACCCAUUCAAUUACAUCACAAUGCACAUCUCAGCCAAGUCCAUACUUGGCCUCGUCACCUUUGGCUUGCUCUCAGUAGCAAAUGCAUCGGUACAGGAUUCUCAGCUCAUGGUCCCUCGCACAUUCACCAACGCCGAUGGCACUACUUCAACAAUACGCAUGAACCGCAACAUCAAGUUCACCCAGGGAUCAGAAGGCACACGGCCAGUUCGUCUAUCAAAAAGAUUCCCCUUCUCUUCCGGAAGAGACGAGUGGUGCGGAGAGAUGGCCGAGGACCCGGCGACAGAUUUCUCAGCUUCCGCUCCGCUGGCAGCAGACUGCCAGGCACUCGCCAGCUCUCUCAGCAGUCAGAAUGGAUUUUGGACUUUGCAGCCCGGAGACUUCUCUUCCAAUGGAUGGGCUACUGUAGUGAGCUCUGGAACUUGCAGCUUUGCCGUCAGAUAUGCCGACUCUGGCAGCGCGGCUAGCCCUAUGAACGUUGGCACGAACGAUAUUCGCUUCUACACGACGAGAUAUGGUGUCAUGGCACAGAAUGGGAAGCUUGGAUUGCAAGGGACUGUGCAGUGUUACAACAGCCAGAAAAUGCUGUUUGUUACUUGGGGUUUAAUUCACAGCUGAGUCGAAGUAGCAAGCAAGGUGCCGAAGUAGACAAACUCCUACCCUACGAAGGGGGGAAUCGACCAUGACGUAGCCGCAGGUUGAUAGUAGUAAUUUCAAAUAGUUGAAAUGGAUGAUUUCACUCAUUCUGGA